AUCAGCUCUCCAAGGCACAGAGACCCACCGAGCAGAUCUUACCAUGGAGGUGUUCAGAUCCAGCAGCAUCAGAAGCUCAUCUGGCAGCUACGGGAUGGGAGGUGGUUCCGCCCGUAAGUCCAUGUCUGUGUUCGGCGGCGCCGGUGGCUCUGGAGUAAAAGCCUCAGUGGCCUCCUUCGGCUCUGGAGGUAGUGCUGCUGGCUUUGGGUUUGGCAUGGGAGGAGGUGCAGCAGGAGGCAUGGACCUCCACGUUGGAGCCAACGAGAAGGCCACCAUGCAGAACCUGAACGACCGUCUGGCCACUUACCUGGAGAAGGUGCGCAGUCUGGAGAAGGCCAACGCUGACCUGGAGCUGAAGAUUCGCCAGUUCCUGGAGAGCAAGACCUCCCCCUCUGCAAGAGACUACACAGCGUUCCAGGUCACCAUCGCUGACCUGCAGGGAAAGAUCCAGGAUGCCACCAGGAUCAACGGUGGAAUCUAUCUGGCUAUUGACAACGCCAAACUGGCAGCAGAUGACUUCAGGACCAAGUAUGAGAAUGAACUCGCCAUGCGCCAGUCAGUGGAAGCAGAUAUCGCCGGCCUGAAGAGGAUGUUGGAUGAGCUGACGUUGGUCAGAUCAGACCUGGAGAUGCAGAUUGAAGGCCUGAAGGAGGAGCUGAUUUUCCUCAAGAGGAACCACCUGGAGGAAAUGGCCAACCUGAGGACAACCAUGGGCGGGCAGGUCAACGUUGAGGUCGAUGCAAAACCAGGUGUUGAUCUGAGCGCUGUGAUGCGUGAGAUCCGUGAGCAGUACGAGGGUGUUGCUGCAAAGAACGCACGAGACCUGGAGGCCUGGUUCCUGACCAAGACAGAGGAAUUGAACAAGCAGGUGGCUAUCAGCACAGAGACCCUCCAGACCUCCAAGUCAGAGAUCUCUGAGGUCCGUCGCACAGUGCAGAGUUUGGAAAUCGAGCUCCAGUCCCAGCUUAGCAUGAAAGCGGCUCUGGAAGGAACUCUUGCAGAAACAGAAGCACGAUAUUCCAUGAAACUUCAAAGCCUCCAGAUGCAGGUGACCAGUCUGGAAGAACAGCUGAUGGGUCUGCGUGCCGACAUUGAGAACCAGAGCCAGGAGUACAAAAUGCUGCUUGACAUCAAGACUCGUCUGGAGCUGGAGAUUGCUGAAUACAGGAGGCUGCUGGACGGAGAGGCCAAGUCCACCACCAGCACCAGCACCAGAGUGGUCAUCGUCACUGAGGAAGUGGUUGAUGGAAAGGUGGUGUCCUCCUCAACUUCUACCACCAGGAGCUAAUGUGUCUCACAGUGACCACAGGGGAGCGACUGAGGCUGAGCACCUUUGGCUUCAAAUCCAAGAGUUCCAUCAAUAAAAUGGAUUGAAUAAAAGUUUCUAAACUCA